AUGGCUUGGUACUUAACAUGGUCUUGUCAGAUUUUCUGCCUCCUGUUAUUGCUCUUGCAUUCUCAGUGUUCUGCAAAACUUUGUUCUCACGACCAAAGUUCUGCAUUACUCCAGUUUAAGCAACUCUUUUCCUUGAAGAAGCUUUCACCAUCUUCCGCUUGUGAUAAAAUGGUUCCUUCUUAUUCAAAAUUGAUGUCCUGGAAAGAGGAUAAGGAUUGCUGCUUAUGGGAUGGGGUAACAUGUGAUACGGUGACUGGUCAUGUGAUUGAGCUUGACCUUAGUUGCAGUUGGCUUUAUGGCAGCAUCCCUUCAAACAGUAGCCUAUUUUUCCUUCCUCACCUGCGAAGGCUAAAUCUUGCUUUCAAUAACUUCAAUUCCUCUCAGAUUUCUUCAGCUUUUAAUAAAUUCCCCAGUUUGAGGCUCCUUAACCUCUCUUCGUCCAACUUUCAUGGUCAACUUCCUGCCGAAAUCUCUCACCUCACUAAAUUGAUUUCAGUUGACCUCUCCCACAAUCGUUUGAGACUUGAAACACCUGUUUUGCAAGGGCUAUCUCAAAACUUAACAGAGUUGAAAGAACUCAUUCUUGAUUAUGUAGACAUGUUUACCGUAGUACCUAGUUUCUUGGUAAACAUGUCUUCUUCUUUGACAUCGCUAAGUCUCAAUGGUUGUCUAUUACGAGGGAACUUGCCGAAUAAUAUCUUCCACCUUCCAAACCUACAGGUGCUCAUUUUAUGGGAUAACUUUGAGCUCACAGGCAUCUUUCCAAAAGGUAACUGGAGCAGUCCCCUCAAGCUUUUGCAUCUCUCUGACAUCAGUCUGACGGAAGGGCUGCUUGAUUCAAUCAGCAAUCUGAAGCACUUAAGGCAAUUGCGUAUUUAUAAUUGCACUUUCAGUGGGUCAAUUCCUGGAUCACUUGGUAACAUUACACAACUUGCUCAUUUGGACCUUUCAGGUAACAGUUUUAGGGGUCAGAUACCAUCAUCUCUUUCAAAUCUUGUGCAGCUCAGGCAUUUGGAUCUUUCUCUCACUAAUUCCAUUGGUGAAAUUCCAUAUACUUUUUUCAACCUAACCCAACUUUCUUAUCUUGACUUCUCGAGGAAUCAACUAGCUGGUUCGAUUCCUUCUCUAGUAAGUCAACUUAGAAAUUUAGCCUCUAUCCAUUUAGAUCAUAAUUUGUUCAAUGGGACCAUACCAUUCACGCUCUUCAAUCUACCAUUGUUGCACAUGGACCUUAGCUAUAACCAGCUAUCUGGCCACAUUGAUGAAAUUAGAAAUAAUUCAUUACAAUUCAUCGAUUUGAGUAACAACAGAUUGCAUGGUUCACUUCCAAGUUCAAUCUUUGAAUUUGUGAAUCUGACUCAUCUGUCACUUUCUUCAAACAAUUUCAGUGGUGCUUUAGAUCUUUCCAUGUUUGCAAAACUCAAAAACCUUAAAAUGCUUGAUCUUUCUCAUAAUCGUCGACUGUUGAGCACCAAAUCAGAAGUACCCAGCCCAUACUUUCCUCAGGUUCAGUAUUUGAGUUUGUCUUCUUGUGACCUGACUGAGUUCCCAGACAGCUUAAGAAAUCUAGACCAAUUAGUCUUGCUGGACCUUUCGGACAACAAGAUCCACGGCCAAAUUCCCAAUUGGAUGUUUCAUGUGGGAGAAGUCACUUUGAAUUUUCUAAAUCUUUCCUACAAUUCCCUGACAAGCAUAGAGAAGAUUCCAUGGGAAAAUCUACACUAUCUUGACCUUAAUUCCAAUUUGCUUCAAGGACCUCUACCAAUUCUGCCACCAGAUUUGUAUCUCUUUUUAAUGUCAAACAAUAAAUUAACGGGAGAGAUACCUCACUCGAUCUGUGAUAUCAAAACCAUUGGAAUUCUUGAUCUUUCUAAUAACAGCUUGAGUGGCAUCAUCCCAGAAUGCAUGGGGAACUUUAGCGAAAGUCUCAGCGUUUUGGAUUUGCGGAAGAACAGAUUUUAUGGCAAAAUUCCCGGAACAUUUGUAAGGGGCAAUCAUUUGAGGACCCUUACCUUCAAUGGCAAUGAAUUGGAAGGGCCAAUCCCACAAUCAUUGAUCAAUUGUACAAUGCUCGAAGUUCUAGAUCUUGGGAACAAUAACAUAAAUGAUACCUUCCCAUAUUGGUUGGGAAAUCUUCAGAAGCUACAGGUUCUUAUCCUUCAUUCCAACAAAUUUUAUGGUGUUAUACGGGAUUCUUUUGAGGCCAAUAAUGUUUUCCCUAAUUUGAGAAUCUUUGACGUCUCAGACAACAACUUUGGUGGCUCUUUACCAACAACGUAUUUUGAAAACAUGAAAGCUUCGAUGAAUAUUGAUCCGGGUGUGUUAACAUAUAUGGGGGAAACAUAUUAUCUAGAUUCGGUGACGUUGGCAGUAAGAGGUUUCCAAGUCCAAUAUGUAAGAAUACUUGCUUUCCUUACUGCCAUUGAUUUUUCAAAUAAUAACUUUCACGGAGAGAUUUCAGAAGAAAUUGGAAAACUCCACGCACUUCGUUUCCUCAAUUUAUCUCGAAAUAGUCUAACAGGUCAUAUCCCUACAUCAUUGUCAAAUUUGACAUCUGUUGAGGUCUUGGACCUCUCUUCAAAUAAGCUUGUUGGAAUGAUUCCAAUGGAAUUAGAAAGUUUGACCUGUCUAGGUCUAUUAAACCUUUCAUAUAACCAACUUAUGGGACCUAUACCUCAUGAGAAACAGUUUGCAACGUUUGAAGAAUGUUCCUAUAUUGGGAAUUUGGGGUUGUGUGGAAGACCAUUGUCAAAAGAGUGUGCUGAUGAUGAGGCACCGUCGCCCAAACCAAGGUCAUCGAUGUUUCAUGAAGAGCACGAUACUUCGAGUUGGUUUGAUUGGAAGGUCUCUAUGAUGAUGGGUUAUGGAUGUGGACUGUUGAUUGGCUUGUUAAUGGGGUAUGUUACAUUUUCAACGGAAAAGCCACAGUGGUUUGUGAAGAUGGUUACAACAGGAAAUGCUCGCUCAAUCAG